AAAUUUGAAAUUAGACCUUGUUCUUUUCUCACUAAUAAAGGAGUCUGUCACCAGCAUCACGCUACCACUAAGCAGCAAGAAAACAACCAAAAAGAAAUCGAAGAAAGAGCAACAACUUUCCAUAGUAUGGAAACCGAAGCUUCAUGCGGCCAAAACAAUUUCGAAAUGAGCGAGACGCUGGCGACAUUUCUUGCGUCGACGCCAUUGUUGGAGGAAGCAUGGAGGGUGUGCAAUAUAGCAAACAUAAGCUUCCCAGGGGCUUACCUGGUGGAACGGAUUGGAAGCGUGGCUUAUAUUGCGUUUUCCGGCCGGCAAAUGACUUCUGGGUCUGACCAGAAAUGUAGAAAUCUGGUGGCUUUGAGUAAGGAAGACGGUGGCGUUUUUGCUCCGCUUUAUCGACAUAGCGAAGCAGAGGAGCCCAUGGUGCAUCAUGGGAUGUUAAAGCUUUUCUUCUCAAUGUUCCCAAGCUUGCAAAUCCAGAUCGCGGAUUUAAUGGGAAAAGUGAAGUCAAUAGUGAUAUCAGGUCACUGCAUAGGAGGAACGACAGCCUCUCUUUCUGCUCUGUUUCUCCUCUGUCAUCUGCUCUCUUUGUCAGUAUAUCCUCCAAUGUCCGUCCUAUGCAUCACAUUCGGUUCUCCAUUGCUCGGCAAUGAAGCCCUCCAUCGGUCGAUUCGACGCCAAAGAUGGGGUGAAAACUUUUGCCAUGUUGUUUCCAAGCAUGAUAUCAUGCCAAGGCUACUUUUAGCUGAGAUUGUAAACCUCAUUCCUCAUAUACAAGCCCUGCUGCAGUUCUGGCACUGCUGCAUGGCUUCUCCUCACCUCCCUGUUGCAGGCCUUUCUUCUCAAGUACCCAGUGAUCUAAAACGUAUACUUUUUAUUAGUGUUUUAAAGGACUUGGAAUUGUUAACCCAAGCUGACGAUCCAUCAGAGAGCCUGUUUUGGCCUUUCGGGAGCUAUGUUUUCUGCUGCCAAGAGGGUGCCAUUUGUGUAGAGAAUGUUGCAUCAGUUAUGAAGAUGUUGCAUUUGAUGAUGGCCACUGGCUCACCGAACCAAAGCAUUGAGGAUCAUCUCAAGUAUGGAGAUUAUGUUGCCAAAGUUUCUAGACAGUUUUUGCAGGCUAGAAACUUUGAAGAGGGGAUACCUGAUUCUAGCUAUGAAGCUGGUGUCGCCUUGGCAUUGCAAUCAUCAGACCUAACCGACAAGGAACCAGUUGUGGUUAUGGCAAAGGAGUGCCUGCAAAUGGCUCAACACAGUGAUAAGCCAAACCUGAAUGCUGCAAACCUGGCAAUAAAAUUGUCCAAGAUAGUGCCAUAUCGAGCUGAAAUAGAGUGGUAUAAAGCAUGCUGUGAUGAGGCCGAUGAUCAAAUGGGUUACUAUGACUCAUUCAAGCUUACGGGGGCCUCAAGAAGAGAGGGUAGAGUCAACAUUAACCGCCAUAGACUUGCUCAGUUCUGGAACAGCGUUAUCCACAUGCUUGAAAACAACAAGCUACCUCAUGACUUUGACAGAAGGGGAAAAUGGGUGAAUGCUUCUCACUUCUAUAAGCUCCUUGUCGAACCAUUGGACAUCGCGGAUUAUUACCGAACUGGUAUGCACCGCGAGCGUGGGCACUACAUUGAGCACGGAAGGGAAAGGAGGUAUGAAGUUUUCGACAAGUGGUGGAGGGAGAGAAGUGUUCCAGAGGAAGAAAACAAGAGGAGCAAAUUUGCCAGCUUGACACAAGAUUCAUGCUUCUGGGCCAGGGUAGAAGAAGCAAAAGAAUGGCUAGAUAAUGUGAGAAGUGAGAGGGAUGCAACGAAACGACAGCAGUUGUGGCACAAGAUCGACAACUUUGAAGCAUAUGCGAGACAGUUGAUCAACAAUAAAGAGGUGUCCAAAGACGUGUUGGCGAAAAACUCGAGCUUUAGUCGAUGGAUGGAAGAAUGGAAAGAAAUGAAAUCGCAGGUUCAGCAAAUCACUCCUUUGUUUCCAGGUUUUGUGGAUGGGAAGGUGGUUCCUUAGUCUGCUUUCUUAGUUCUUAUUUAUAUAGCAACAAAGAUCAUCAUUAAUAUGCUGUUAUUCCUAGGUUUAAUUUGUAAUAUAUAUAUAUAUAUAUAUGUAGGAUGACGGUUUGAUGUGUAGCUUUGGUUAAUGAUUUUGGGUUCAUGAAUCUGAUUUUCAUUUUCAAUUCAAUAUAAGAUGUUGAUUAUGAAGAUAA